AGUAUUAUAUAGGACUAUAUUGUUUGCCUUUUUAUUUGUUGUAAGCCACCCCGAUUCCCCACUGGGGAGAUAGGGUAGGAUAGAAAUAAAAAGUUUCAUUCAUUCAUCCUGGGUGUUGGUAGUUCCCUGCUCAAGGCCAUGCAAAACUACAACUCCCACCAUCCCAUAGCACUGAACUAUGGCAGUUUAAAGUGGUGACGAAGAAAAUCAGUUCUAGUGUAGAUCAGGCCUGGGCAAACUUGGGCCCUCCAGCUGUUUUGGACUUAAACUCCCACAAUUCAUAAUAGCCUAAAAACAGUGGUUCUCAACCUGGGGUCCUCAGAUGUUUUUGGCCUUCAACUCCCAGAAAUCCUAACAGCUGGUAAGCUGGCUGGGAUUUCUGGGAGUUGUAAUAAUAAUAAUAAUAAUAAUUUUAUUUUUGUACCCCGCCACCAUCUCCCCAGAGGGACUCGGGGCGGCUUACAGAUAUAAAACCAACAUACAAUAAUAUCAAAUACAAAAACACACAAAUAAAUUUAAAAGGCAUUAAAAUCACAAUCAAUUAUAAAACACUUGAGAAACACAGCAAUAAAAACAUAAAAUGAGCUGGGCAAAGUGCACUGAGUGGAACUUGUAAACAAGAAGGAAGUUAAGGUGCUACAAGGUCAUGGGAAGAGCCUUGGACUGGGGUGAACACUGAGGCUAUGUCAAGGAGUUAACCAAGAGGUACAACAGGUCAGAAGGACCCGCUAGUACCAGGGUUUAGUAUACUUCUUCAAAGGCCUGUUUGAAGAGCCAGGUUUUCAGGCUCUUCCUGAACACUUCCAAGGUGGCAGCUUGCCUAAUUUCCCUGGGGAGCGCGUUCCAGAGUCGAGGGGCCGCCACGGAGAAGGCCCUCUCUCUCGUCCCCACCAACCGCACUUGUGACAGGCGGAAGCGAGAGGAGGGCCUCCCCCGAUGAACAAAACACGUGUGGACCCCAGGUUGAGAACCACUGUAAAACUGCUCAUCAUGGGCAGUUGCUCAUCUCUUCCUGUUACAAACUAUGGCUGAGUAGUUCUUGUGUUAAAAGACUUUCUCCCCAUUUCUGUCUUCAUCAUGGGGUGGGAAGCUGGCUGGCCCCAGCUGUUGUUGACCUACAUCUGCACCAGAAACUAUGCUGACUAGGGCUAACAGUAGCUGGAGAACCACAACAUUUCCAUCUUUGCAUUACAUUGUACCAAGGAAGAAUUAUUUGGGUCUUUUUUUUUUUUUAGACAGAGGGGUGGUGACCUGUCUAUUGUUUGGGAUGCUGUGAGUUUUCGAGCUGUAGGAGCUCCUGGUGGUGCAACGGAUUAAACCGCUGAGCUGCUGAACUAGCUGACCGAAAGGUCGGAAGUUCGAAUCCGGGAAGCAGGGUGAGCUCUGGCUGUUAGCCCCAGCUUCUGCUAACCUAGCAGUUCAAAAACAUGCAAAUGUGAGUAGAUCACUAGGUACCACUUCUGCAGGAUGAUAACGGCGCUCCAUGCAGUCAUGCUGGCCACAUGACCUAGGAGGCGUCUAUGGACAAUUCCAGCUCUUUGGCUUAGAAAUGGAGAUGAGCACCAACCCCCAGAUUCGGACACGACUAGACUUAAUGUCAGGGGAAAACCUUUACUUAGGGCCAUGUUCCAGAAGCAUUCUCUCCUGACGUUUCGCCCAUAUCUAUGGCAAGCAUCCUCAGAGGUUGUGAGGUCUGCCAGUGAGAUUUAUAUACCUGUGGAAUGUCCAGGGUGAGAGAAAGAAGUCCUGUCUGCUUGAGGCACCUGUGAAUGUUGCAAUUGGUCACUCUGAUUAGCAUUUAAUAUCUAUGUUUGUUUAACUUGAAUUCUGCUCUUCCAAGGUGACUAUAUAUUUUUUGUUUUUUGUUUUUUUGCCUAAUUACACUAGUAAAAUUGGAGGGAAUGUUUCAUCUGCUUUGCUUUUUUUCUUCCAAAUAAGGGAAAUCCUCAUAGGCAUUUCAAAGGAAGAUGAAUCACAACAAGAAGCAGUAACAAAAGAGGGAAGUCUGCCACCAAAUUCCAACACUUCCGGGUUCCUUUGGAUCCUUGAGUGGCAAUGGAGUGAGAAACAGGCUCCUUUCCGCUUGCCCCGCAUAUGGUGGCUUUUGAAAUAGCUACCGGAAGUGAGAAGUGUAACCAUUGUUUUCCUGAUCUCUAGGGAGGGCUGAGGAGUGGAGGAAAACCCAUUCCGGUUUCGGCGUUGCGUCAGCGUGAGUUACUCACAGGGCGUGCGUCAGACGUAGUGACGUUGAGGAAGCCGCGGAAGGAAGGAAGGCGGGGCUUGGAAGUUCUGGUUGCUGCUUGUGUGGCUCUCGCGUCAGACGAGGGGGCGGGGCUUGGCCGGUUUCGGCCCCGCCCACUUUCGCUGCUUGAAGGGAAGGAGAGAGAGACUUCGUUGGAAGAAAGGAAGGAAGAAAGAGAGGAAAGCGGCGGCUGUGCUAGUUCUGCCUCGGGAUGGGCCUGAUCUUCGCGAAGCUGUGGAGCCUUUUCUGUAACCAGGAGCACAAAGUGAUAAUUGUGGGACUUGACAAUGCUGGAAAGACCACCAUUCUGUACCAGUUCCUCAUGAAUGAAGUGGUUCACACUUCUCCCACCAUUGGAAGCAACGUUGAAGAAAUAGUAGUAAAAAACACCCAUUUCCUUAUGUGGGAUAUCGGAGGGCAGGAAUCGUUGCGGUCAUCCUGGAAUACAUAUUAUUCAAAUACAGAGUUCAUUAUCCUUGUAGUUGACAGCAUUGAUCGAGAGAGACUGUCCAUCACAAAAGAAGAACUUUACAGAAUGUUAGCUCAUGAGGACUUGCGGAAAGCUGCAGUUCUCAUCUUUGCAAACAAGCAAGAUAUGAAAGGUUGUAUGACAGCUGCUGAAAUUUCCAAAUACCUCACUCUUAGUUCCAUAAAGGAUCACCCAUGGCACAUUCAGUCUUGUUGUGCACUAACAGGAGAAGGAUUGUGUCAAGGUUUAGAAUGGAUGACUUCUCGAAUUGGUGUAAGAUAACUUCUGGAAAGAAAUCGGUGCUUAUCCUAUGGAUGAAUUCCAUUGUUGUACACUUGACUGCUGAGGGAGCAACAUGUUUAAAACAUUGGAAACCUCCACAAGCAACACUUGAAUCAAGUGCAGCUUACAGAAACUCAGAAGUAUUUACCUUAAAAUGCACUAAUAUUGGAUGGAUGAACAUAGGAACUUUUGGAAAGUUCUGACUACAUAAGCUAAAUGUCUGCCUUGUAACAUUUUUAUUGAGAAAUUUCCUUCAGACUGCCUGCAUUAAUAGACUGCAUCUACAGGAGAUUUCCUUCCUUUUCUGUUUCCAUGCGGUAACACAUUCGCAUUAUACCCAAACUGGGCAUUAAAAUCAGCGUAUUUUCAGAUGAUGAAAUUUCAAAUAUUGUUACACUACCAGCAUUCUUUAAUAUCAGAACAGUUAUUUAUUUGCUACCAUUACCUUUCUGGGUUUAUUUUUAUUGUGUCCUUUCUGGUUGUAUACAUGUUAUAACGUUUUUGCCUUGUCAAACAAAUAUCUUUUUUUUUAAGCAAAACAUUUCAUUUUACUGCUAAAUGCUUUAUACAUUGGGUUCAUCUGGAAAGGCAAAUUAUUUUGUGUGAAGUAACAGUGACAUAGGCUUCAUGUUAGCAAAGAGGAUGAGUGGACAGCACUGUGUUUUAACAAUGCAAGUUCAAUUGGGAAAAACUGUUAAAUAAGGAUGAAGUUUUCCAAACAAUGCUGAAAACAUUAUGUGGAUAUUGUGCUAUUAACCAAUGAGGUUCUACAAUCUAAUUCUAAAUAACUUCAAAAUGGAAGUCAGCCUUUUGAAGUGUGCAUGUGUGUUAUAUAAUAUAUACAAAUGCUAAAAAUAAUUAUUCCUUCAUUGGAGAAAUAACAGAGCCCAAAGUGAUGAAUAUAACUGAGUUCUCAUACAUUUGCCCAACUUUUUUGAUAAGAAAGCUUGCUGUUUUAUAUACACACACAUAUACCGGUAUGUAUGUGUACCCUUCCCUCAUAAAUCGGUCUCAUUCAUAUACAUCAUAUACAAAAUGCCUUAUUUUGCUUGCUACAUUAAAGUGGCUUUUUUCCCCUGCCAAAAUAUUGCUGUAAAUUUUUCAGUACUUUGUCAAUAGUGUGUUUAAAACCAGCACAUUGUCCAUAUAUUAUAACAAUGGAUUUUCUGUUUUAAAGCAGUGUUGGCAAUAUAUGUGAUCUGAUACCCAGCAUUACAAAGCUAUUCUUAAAAGGAAGGUUUGUCUUCAGGACUUUUCUGAAGUGCCAAAUAACUUUUAGGAUAUUACUGGCCACAUAUCAGUUCUCCUUUGUGACAUAAUUCAUGCAAAUAUGUAUUGCAAAUGAAUGUUCAUGGUUUGAUCCCCCCCCCCUUUAAAGGCGACAUCUGAAGUGAUGCAAAUUCUUCACCUGCAGAAUAGUGGAAUUGGCACCCCUGUUCUUUAAAAGAACAGGGGUGCCAAUUCCACUAUUCUGCAGGUGAAGAAUUUGCAUCACUUCAGAUGUCGCCUUUGGGGGUGGGGGUGGGUUAUAUGUUUUUUCUUGCCCUGCCAUGUCUAAAUAGUAGAUGCUUUGUGUGAUGGGAUAUAUUUUCAUGAUUCAUUUCUGUUUUGCUCUAUCCCUGCCCAACAUUGCAUUUCAUGGUAGGUUAAAAUACCUUGUAUCUGUAGGCUUCUUAGAAAUGAGAACCAACAUAUGUGCGUUUAAUCCCCAACUAACCACGGUGUGUCAGCUCCUUUUUAUGCUUUUGACUGAUGGCAUCUCUUCUUGUACACUUAAAUGCAUGAAGCAACUGCAUUUGUCUACAUACUACAAGAAAUGGAGGCAUAUGCUCAUUUUAAAUCUCAAAUGAUUAGCAACAUGGAAAUUUGCCCUAUCUCAGAUCAAACAACUUCAUCCAUUUAGCUCAGUAUUGCCUGCUUUGACCAGUUGCAUUUCUCUGAGGUGUCAGGCAGAGGUCUUUUUGUCACCUAUCUGAAUUUUUCCAAUGGGAGAUGCUGGGGUUUCACUUGAGACGAUGCAUGUUUUCUAUUCUUCAGCUGUGACCCCACUCCAAUUAUAUUCUGUCUAAUCAAAUGGAUUUCAAUGAACUUGGCAGAUUCAUUUUUUUCCUGCUAACUCAUCACAAUGUUUUAAAAUGAUUCCAAAAAACCCUUUAAAACUAGCUCUCAAAAGUAAUUAGAAAAUAUUACUUCUUAAACCAAUAAAAUGACUUUGUUUCCAUUCAUUAGGUCAUUCUUAAACUAUAACUCCACUCUGCCCUUGUUUUUAAAAGGGGAAAUGUAUUACAGGUAAGAGGUUUUUUUUCUAAGCUCUGAGAGUUUGGGAGAAAUCCAUAGACACUAGUCUCUCAGUUCCUCAUUUUAAAAAAAAUCAAUGUAUAAGGUUGGUGCUAAAUUACAAGGGAAUGUUUUAGCUGGGACAGUAUACGUGUGCCAAUAAAAUCAUGUUCGCGGUGAAGUACCCUAAAUACUCAUGAAUAAGUCUAGAAAUUUUAAUCGAAAAACUCAAAGCCCAAAACAUUGGUCAACUUAUCCAUAGGUCAAUGUGAAUUGUACUUUUAAUGCUUAUCAAAAAAAGGAAUAACCCCCAUCUCUGAACAGAGUGGCAAAAGGCAAGAGCUUAGUUCAUCCUAGAAAACCUAAAAGAAAUGCCAACCAUUUCUACUAUGCUAUAGUCCCUCUUGUGGUCUUUAUGAAUGCUUGGUCAAGGAAAUGGCAUUAGUGCUUUCCUCUCGCCACAGAAUGGCCCUCAGCUUAUCCAUGGCUCAUAUCAAAACCCCUAAUUUUGGCCUCCAAACCUUCCUUCGACUUAUACGUGAGGUUGACAUAUACAUGCCAUAUUUCCAUUUGUUAGCAAAUCUAAAAACCUUCACAGAGUAAUUGCCAUCAGUUAUUCCUAAGAAGGCAAAAGCAUUCAGAGUUUAAGACAUAGUUCUUGCGAUGCUACAAGAGCCCAUUUCAACCAAGAUAAUAUCGAAGUUUGACCACUCGUAUGGUACUAUGUUUUACCAGACUGUAUACGGUACUUUUUUAUAUCAAAUGAUCCGCAUGAUAUUGCCUUGUAAUUAUUUUGCUGAGGUGAAUUAAAGUGCUAGGUUGUACAACCAA